AGUCAGUCCCCCCCCGCUUAUUUUUCCCCCACGGUGGUGACAACAAAAUUGAAAACAAAAAGAACUUGUUUGGCAAGUUGCACAAGGACGACCACUCUUGUAUUAAUUUGAGCAUCUUCAUCUACCCCGCGGGCUCCCGCGCUCGCGCUGCAAAAUGGGGAAACAUAAGUUAUUCUCGUCCCCGAGGGCGAAUGCCGUUCUUGCCUCGCUUCAUUCUUGCCCUCUGCUCGUCCGGGCGUAAGGGGACAAAACAGGUAUCAUAGUUUUCAUCGGCAAUAAUUUUAUUAACGUUCGCUGCAAGAAGAUGAUGGAAAUCAAAAACUUGUUGUUGGUGGUCUUGCUGUUUGUUCUCGUCGGGACUACGAGAAGCACCUCGACAUUAACCACGACGUCACCAGUUUUUUCCGAGUCUUCACCAUCUCCAGCAUCCAGGCCGUUCUUACGUAGAAGCAGAGCAAGAGGCUUGUUGCUCCAAAAAGAACAUUCCGAAGAUUUGUCCCGUCGAACUACGUCUACGGCACCGACCUUCGGUAGAACUAGGACUUCUAGUUUUUUGGCCAAGAAGAAGGUCCCAGACACGAGUCGACACGACCACGGUGACGGUGGAAGAGCAGGUGCACGACGGACAAGCUCGAGCCUGGCGGCCUCAGCUACAACGUCCAUAGCUGUACCAGCAACAGCAAAUAAAUAUAAAGGUGAAGCUGUGGAUGUGGUACUAGCGCGCCAACAUUCAGGAAGAUUCUCAGGAGGAGCAAAACCUGCUGCCACAAGCACUGGGACUGGUGGAAGAAAUCCAACAGCAUCUAGUAGCACCACAUCUCGCAGCACAUCAUCUUCCGGUGAGCAGGACCUGCUGCAGCUCCACGAAGAAGGCAACAAGGAAGUUGUGCAAAAAGUUGUAGACAACAGGUCCUCGUCGUCCUCGUUGUUGUUGAACAAUGAUGAUGAUGAGCUCGGGCGUCUGGUCGUUAUGGCCCCCAAAGAUGAUCAUUUACCUCAUGACAAUCAAAACUCGGGAGGAGCAGGAUCGUGGGAACAAGAUGGUCCACCUCCGAAAGAAGCCGGCAAAGAGCGUGAACAAGAAGAAUCACCUGCUUCAGGAGGAGGUUCUCUUGUUCCUGCUGAAAAGUCCUCUACCGGCUUCAGUACUAAUAAAGCACCUACCUCCACCAGAAAAGUCCUCUGCGCGAAGCACUGCGGGCACCGCGCUUUUGUCCUCGUGCGCCCGGACCGGGAAAAUGUCGUGUGCGAACUGACGCUUCAAGACGGCGUUCUGGUAUGGAAGCGUCAGGUUUGAAAUCGUCAAAGUUGAAAUAAUUUGUAAUGCAUAAAAUGCGACACAAAAAGUGACUCCAUUGCAGAGGACCCACGGGAGGCAGAUUAUAGCCCUGGUAAGGGUCAAAAGUUGGACUGCUAACUAGCAUGACAGAAGGCAGCUCUUUUGCCCUAAACCGCAUGACAGACUCGCUUCCAGGACCGGAAAAAUUUGUCAUGCACCGACUACAAACUGUAGGCCUAACUGGUAUCCGUUUUAUGCAUGGCAAACUAUUUCAACUUUGACGAUUUCAAACGUGACACAUCCAUAUCUGGAAAGCCGUGCGUAUUGCAUCGACCGCUGUUGCUACGACUUCUUCGAAGCGAAUGCGCACCAGUGGCCCACGGCGACGUCACGGGACGGGACUAAAGCAACUUCUUCCGGGAGCGAUUUUUCCAGCUGGUUUUUGGAAGACCAACUCUCGCGGGAGCAGCAAACAGCCUUGGCACAAACCUGGCCGAGCAAAAUUCUGGCCGACCUGAAGGGACUGGCAGAACUAGAACUGCAAGCGAGUAGUGCACAAAAAGAAGAACAUCUUCACAGUGGAGCAGGUCCUCAACACCACGAAGACGGUUAUUAUGACGCGCUAGACGGCAGCCAGGAGCUAGAGCAUUCAACCCACGAUCUGAAUGUAGAGGAUUUUUCGUCUCCUUCAUCAUCAUCAACAACAUCGGGGGAAGACGAAGAGCUGCUGCAAACACCUCGAAAUAAUAUCCUGGAUGCACCAGCUGACCACGCUGGUCUUCAAGAUGACACAACUUCUGAAGCCGCAUUUAAAUUUCGAAAUAAAAUCAUGGAGGCACCUGCGGUGGCGGCCGCGAAGGAGAAUGGGAACCCGGUACAAAAAACUCCCAUUUCAAUGAAAAAGGAUAAACACGACGACGACGAGCAGGAGGAAUCGCCAGACACUUCCGGUGGUGCCGCAUCAUCAAGAACUUCAUCUCGUAGUGAUAAGAUGUUGCCUACGUCUAUUACGACGCCAGUACGGCACCACCAGCAGCCCCCCCAGUCCUAUCCUGCUGCAGUGACCUUGUUGGGCGGGGGAAGCGCAAACAACCCGUUCACCGCGAAGCUCGUUUCUCUGGCGGAUUCCCUAUUUCUUCCCGACGACGGGGGCGGAAUUUGGAGCGGCGGCCCACCUACCGGUAUUAAUAUGCAUGCUCCGCCCGAAACUGGCACGGUAGUUUUCACGAGUGGCCGGGGCGACGGCGACAAGGUACAAGGAGCUUUUCCUGCCGAGGGCGUUCAAGAGGGCGGCUUGAGUGAUGGAGGACAAGGACAGGGACUUCUACUUCAUGGCGCUGUCGCUAUCAAACAGAAUAAAAAACUGCUCCUUACGACGAACUUGUCGACCCACAGCCACGAGGGCCUCGUUGGGCCCGAUCAUGUCAUGUUGGAACGGUGACCACGAUAGAAGUGGUGUAUAACACGCUCGUGCACGACCAGGGAGUACAUGUUAAGCAUCAUAAUGAUAUCUUUAUCUUUAUUGUGAUCUUCGACUUCACACUCACAGUGAUGAGAAAGGUCUUCCGGAUGAAACAGCAAUUUGAGUCGCUUUCGCUGGUGCUACCUCUCUUCUUUGAUUUAGUGUGGGCAAGAAAAUCACGUGCACGACAACACUUCAUCGCCUUUCAGUGAAUGGAAGGCGGUGGAUGAAAUGUCGUGAUUUUUUGCCCAAACGCGAUAUCUCGGCGUUCUUGUGGAGAAACAGAUGCAUGAUUCGUCACGAGAAGACAAAGAGCAGUUGUUUCGAAAACAUAAGUCUGAUGUUUCAACAAGGAAAACAAAGUUAUAUUAAGUUUUCUCAGGGACGGGGUCGGGGUCGUUCGUCUUUCGUAGUUUCUGGUUUUUUCGUUUGAUAGCGGCGCAGCCUGCGACAACUUCCGAUAGCACCAGCAGCCAGAACGACAUCCACAAAGAAGCGCAGGGCGAACAAGACUUGCCGGUUUCAGGCUUGGGUUUGUACAUCGGUCUCCUGUUGGGUGGCGUUGUGGCUUGUUCGAUCGCCGUGUGCAUCUACAUUCGAUGUUGUACGACCCGGAAAGAUGGUCACCACGGUGACAAAAAGAAGAAGAAGGACGACAAAAACAAGCCUGGUGCUGUGAAAUCCGGUCUCCGUUCCCGGUUCCAGCCCGGCUACGAGGACAGCGAGGAGGCGCUCCGGCGGGAGUCGCACGCACUGAAAAAGGCGAAAAAGAAAGGCACAAUGAGCACGGCGGAGCUGCAGGAGGAGAUGGACAAAAACGUGCGACAAACACUGGAGACACUUGGUCUCACCGGGGCCGCCUCUUCGAUCCCGAUCGAGAUUGGGUCUCCAAAAAGAAAUUCGCAAAGUGGAGGUCAGCAGAGUGUCAACAGCUACAAUUACAUGGGUGCUGCAUCACCUUCUUCACCUGGAGGUGCAACUACAGGAGUAACUUUGGACAGUUCCAUGGACAGUAAGUACCGCGAGACGGAGCAGUAUGAGGAUGGUUCAGCAAUGACGACGGAAGCAGAAGCUGCACCAUCAAGGACCAAGAAAAACCAAGGGCUGGCAAUACAGCACCAGGUCAUCAUGGACGAACAGGAGGAAGUGGUGUUCGUGCCGGACCCUCCGGCGAGAAAUAAGAAGCUGGGAAUGCAGCACCAUUUGGUGAUGGAGGAGCAGCCGUCGGGAGAAAACACGAUGGAGGAAGACGACGACUAGGAACGAAAAAGAUAGAUUAAGCUUUAGAUAUAUUUGUAUUUCAGUGUACUCAUCGCGAGGGUUUAAGUUUCUUUUGUAAACUGGACUUUCAACAUGAUGAUCUUGAUCAUACAGUGUUGUACGGAGAUUCUUGUUAUCAUGUUUUCGCAUUAGAAGCCGUGGGCGUGGCGUAGGUUUUGCUGGCCGCCGGCGUCCGCUGCGACCUUAUUUGCCAGCAAGGAGGAGAAAGACGCAAUUCAUUUUGAUUCUGACCUUCCACGACGGAAAAUCUACGAAUCAGACCACUGCAACUGUAAACAAUUUUUUUUUCACGUUAAGUAUCAUUAUCUUCAUGGAUGGAACACUAUCUAAUCGUGUUGACGGCACUGCACUUGCCGAAUAGAUUGCG